GCAGGAAUAUUUCGCGCCAAAUUGAAACAACAGAUCAGGCAGUGCGAGCAGCGGGAGAGACGAGCUGAGACACAAACCACAGGAUACUGCUUUUACUUUUUCUGUUCUUUUUUUGUCCACCCUUCAGUCAAGUGUAGCUAACAUGGAGGAGGCAAACAAGCUAAUCGGCACCGGAAAGAAGCACCUGGUGAUGGGGAAGGUGGUGGAGGCGGUGAGCGCCCUGCAGGAGGCCUGCGGCAUGCUAGCUAAAAAGUAUGGAGACACAGCAGAUGAGUGUGGAGAGGCUUUCUUCUGGUGCGGCAAAGCGCUGCUGGAUUUGGCACGGAUGGAAAACUCAGUCCUGGGCAAUGCCCUGGAAGGAGUGCCAGAAGAGGAGGAGGGUGAGGAGAAACCAAAAGACUCCAACAUUGAGAGCACAGAAAACAUUGAUGAGAAGACCAGAGACGAGCUGAGGGUCCAGGUGUAUGACGCCAUGGCAGAGAAGAAAAACGAGGAUGCUGAGAACAGUGAAGAGAAGAAGAGUGAAGAAGCUGCAGAGACGAACGGGGAAACGGAAAAGGCUGAGGCUGGUGACGAACAACAGGAAGCAGCGAAGGAAGAGGGAGAUGAGGAAAAGAAGAGUGAGGUCAGUGAAAACAAAUCUGCUGAAAAAGAAGACAAGAAGGAAGAGGAGGAGGCUGAGAAGGAAGAAGGCAAGGAAGAGGACUCAGCAGACAAACCGGAGGAAGCAGAAGAAGAUGGUGAAGAAGAGGGGGAGGAAGAAGACGGUGAUGAAGCAGAAAUGGAGGGUGAUGCAGAAGAGCAAGGCGAAGGAGAUGGUGCCGCUGAGAAGGACAGCGACGAUGAGGAGGUGGGGAACCUGCAGCUGGCCUGGGAGAUGCUGGAAGUAGCCAAAGUCAUCUACAAAAGGAAAGACAGUAAGGACGAUCAGCUGAUGGCAGCUCAGGCUCACCUGAAAUUGGGUGAAGUUUCUGCUGAAUCAGGAAAUUACACACAGGCGUUGGAGGAUUUCCAGGAGUGUUUCAAACUGCAGGUGAAGCACCUGGACUCAGACAGCCGCCUGCUCGCUGAGACUCACUACCAGCUCGGCCUGACCCACAGCCUGAACCUUCAGUACAGCCAAGCCAUCGAGGAGCUCAACAGCUCCAUCUCUGUCAUAAAGAGCAGGCUGGACAAACUGCAAGGGCUGCUAGACAAGGCAGAGGGCCCGGAGGCUCUGCCUAAUGAGAGGAAGGAGAUGGAGGAGCUGAAGGCUCUGCUUCCAGAGAUCCAGGAGAAGGUGGAGGACGCCACAGAGGGACUGAAAACAGCGAGCUCUGCUUCCGAGGCUGUGAAGGGUGUACUGGAUGGAGGCUCCUCUUCCUCUGCAUUCCCCGGGUCCGCUCUGCAGAACGGCGACGCUUCCUCCAGUUCAAAAAUUAACAGCACAUCUACCAACGGAGUCAAUGGUUCUGCCAAUGGACACAGCUCCACAGCUCCUGUCUCUGACAUCUCCCACCUGGUCAGAAAGAAGAGGAAACCAGAAGAGAGUCCAGUGAAGGAAGGCGUGGUUAAGAAGGUGAAGCAGGACGACGGUCACACUAAGGGGGAGCAGGAGCCUCACACCGACGGUGUUCCCAAAGCCAACGGAGAGACUAACGGACACACUAACAGUAUGGAGGUCGAGAGUAAGUGAAGCUCGACCCCUCCCUUCCAGAUUUUCAUCUCCAUGCAAGAAGAGAUUCACCAUCAUGACAAACUCCUAAUGUUGCUGCACACUUGUCUGCUGUUGUAAAUAUGUGUAUCUUUUUCUACACCUGUUGUUAUGUUAGUUGUGUAUUCAUCUAUGUAACCUAUGAAGUUGAA